AUGAAUAACAAUGGCUUUAUUGUUUAUAUAAUUGGUACAAAAGCAGCUGGAAAGAAAAACUUAUCUUUGAAUUUAGGUCUCAAUAAUUAUGAGAUCAUAUCCUGCGAUUCUAUGUAAGUUUAUAAAGAUGCAGAUAUAAUGACUGCAAAAGCUACAGCUAUAGAACAGACAAUAAAAAAACAUCAUGGAAUCGAUUUAUUAGAUUUAGAAUAUGAAGGAUUUAAUCGCAAAUAAUGGAGAGAUAUGACUAUUAAUAAAAUUGAAGAGAUAUAAUCUAAAGGAUAGAUUCCAGUUUUAGUAGGAGGCACUCAUUAUUAUAUUGAAUCAAUAUUAUUUAAUUAAGGAGAAGAAACCUAAUUACUAUAUGAAGAUAAAAUACAAUUAAAUGGCAAGGAGCCUUUUGAAUAUUUAAAAGAAAUUGAUCCAUUGGCAGUUGAAAAAUUUCAUCCAAAGGAUAGUAGAAGAAUUUUAAAUUCUAUUAAAUACUUCCAAAAUACAGGAUUAUUACCAUCUUAAUAAAUUGAUCAUCAUUAAGACUAAUUUAAAUUAAGAAGUUAUAACUUCCUCAUUCUCUGGCCAAAAUGGAAGAAACACGAAGAUCUAAAAAUUAAAGUGGCUGAAAGAAUAAACGAGAUGCUUGAUUAAGGGGGGACUGAAGAAAUAUUAAGAAUAUUCAAAAGAUUAGAGAACAAAUAAAAUAAAAUGGGAGUACUACAUAGUAUUGGAUAUCAAUAAUUCUAAAAAGUUUAUUAGUAUUAUAAAGAAUAAGGAUUUUAAUACCCAAAUGUAGAUUUAAAAUUUAAAGAGCUAUUAAAAGAGGGGGCUGAAAAUUUAAUCAAUGAUACUGUGUUAUAUACAAAGAAAUAAAUUUAAUGGAUUAAAAAUAGAAUUCUUGGUAAUUCAAAAAUAGAUAUUAUUGCAAACAGAUUAUUUUUAUUAGAAUUUGAAUCAGCCCAAACUCUCAACGAGCAGGUAAUACUCCCGGCUUAAAAAAUAUAUAACUUAUUUUGUUAAUUAUUUCAAGUUGAUAAAUUAGGAGAUGAUUAAUUUUAAAUUAGCUAAUAAAAUUUAGAAAAUAUUAAAUUAUUAACUCCUGAGAUGAUUACAAAGUAUAAUUAAACACAAUAAUUAAAAUCAAGAACUAAUUGGAAAAAAUAAGAGUGUGAAAUUUGCAACAAAUUAAUGAAUGGCCCAUUUGAAAUAGAAUAGCAUUUUAAAUCUCGUACUCAUAAUAUUAAUGUUUUGAAAGACGAACAAUUGUAAAAGAAAAAAUAAAAAAUAGAUUGA